CUGUGCACGGGGACGCGCUCCGAGGGCGCGCACCAGGCGGCGGCGGCGCGCAGGGCCGCUCUGGCUGGAGAAGCGCUUCCGGUGCCGGGGCAGGCGGCGCUUUUCGGGUGCUACAAGCAGCGCGCGCGGCGGGGAGCGAGUCCAGGACUAUGUCUGGAGAACUUCCACCGAACAUUAACAUCAAGGAACCUCGAUGGGAUCAAAGCACCUUUGUUGGACGAGCCAAUCAUUUUUUCACUGUGACAGAUCCCAGGAAUAUCCUGUUAACCAACGAACAACUAGAGAAUGCAAGAAAAAUAGUGCAUGAUUACAGGCAAGGAAUUAUUCCUCCAGGUCUUACCGAAAAUGAAUUAUGGAGAGCAAAGUACAUCUAUGAUUCAGCUUUUCAUCCUGACACGGGUGAAAAGAUGAUUUUGAUAGGAAGAAUGUCAGCUCAGGUUCCAAUGAACAUGACCAUCACAGGUUGUAUGAUGACAUUUUAUAGGACCACACCGGCGGUGCUGUUCUGGCAGUGGAUCAACCAGUCCUUCAAUGCCGUGGUCAAUUACACCAACAGAAGCGGAGACGCUCCCCUCACUGUAAAUGAGUUGGGAGCCGCUUACGUUUCCGCGACAACUGGUGCCGUGGCAACAGCUCUAGGACUUAACGCCUUAACCAAGCAUGUCUCACCACUCAUAGGACGUUUUGUUCCCUUUGCUGCCGUGGCUGCUGCUAAUUGCAUUAAUAUCCCAUUAAUGAGGCAAAGGGAGCUCAAAGUUGGCAUUCCCGUCACAGAUGAGAAUGGGAACCGCUUGGGUGAGUCAGCCAACGCUGCAAAACAAGCCAUCACGCAAGUCGUCGUCUCCAGGAUUCUAAUGGCAGCCCCGGGCAUGGCCAUCCCUCCAUUUAUCAUGAACACUUUGGAGAAGAAAGCCUUCCUAAAGAGGUUCCCGUGGAUGAGCGCACCUAUUCAAGUUGGAUUAGUUGGCUUUUGUUUGGUAUUUGCUACACCUCUGUGCUGUGCUCUGUUUCCUCAGAAAAGUUCCAUGUCUGUGACAAGCUUGGAGCCUGAUUUGCAAGCCAAGAUCCAAGAGACCUAUCCUGAAUUACGACGUGUAUACUUUAAUAAGGGGUUGUAAAGUAGUGGAAGAAACUCUACAGCUUAUACCGCCCACUGCAAACCUGGUGAGGAAAAGCCUGUUCAACCUGGGUUCUCCCAGUUACAGAAACCUUUUAAAGACCCACAUUAGCCUUUUAGAGUCAAGCUGCUACUUUCAGCACAGCACCUGGUACGGGCCAGGCGCCCAACAACCUGUUGGCUCCCUUACAUUUGAAUCACGAUGUAAUUUACAGAAAUACCCUUCCUCUAGCUUUUAUAGUAAUUGUUUUCCAAAGAUGAUAUACCAGCCCUCACCCAGAGUUUUAAAAAGCACUGCUAGGCAUAGAGUAGAUGUUUAGCAUACGCUCAAUAAAUAUGUAUUGACUGUCAGUGAGUGGAAAGGAAAUCCGUUUGAAAUACUGAGUUUUUUACCCCAUUUUUGUUUCAAAUCACUCCGCAGUGAUUGGAGAAAACACAAAGCUCUGAGCAUAAGCUACAAAAAGUGACUCGUAAAUAUUAAGAACGUUUGCUUCCACUUUGGGCAGUGCAUAACCCAAAGUAGAUGUGGAGCCUUUUGGAUUUAUAGGGUAAAAGCUCUUCCAUCUACUUCCCAAAAGUCACAGUAACAGACAAAUGUGAUGAGCCAUCCCAGCUGUCAGCAGCUACAUGCGUUCAUAUCGCUGGUAGAUUUCUUCGGUUGACUCUGAAAUUUAUUCUGUUUUACAUUCCUGUGAAGUUCAUCUUACUUUGCACUUUUUGACUUUAUAUUCAAUUAUUUACGUCAAAUCAAAUAACUGAAAUGUACCAAUGUCUAAUUUUGGGAGUAUUUUCAAUACUGUAUGACUGGGUUGGAUCUGCUUUAUUUGAUCUUUUUAGCAGUGAGAGCACAGGUCCAGCUAGCUACAUAUCUUUUCUUCUCAUAGACCCCUUUGGCUCUCAGAAAGAUACGGAAAUAAUGUGUGUGUGAAUCAGUGAUGAAUGAAUUGUACUUGGAUAUUGUGUGUUACAUUCCACCCUGUUUGACAGCAAGGAGUCCAUGGACCACUGUUUACAUCAUCUGUAGUAGCUUCACAUAUGUUUAAUGUAACAUUAUGUUUCAAGUCUAAAGAUGUUUAAUGCCUGUGCUGGGUGGUGGCUGUGUGGAGUGAGGCCACUCAGUUCGAUUGUAAUUCAGAGUCUUGUAAGUGGGGGGGGGGGGGGGGGGGGGAAAUGUAGAAACUAGUUUUGAUAGAUUUUUCCAGACAAUGUGACCAGACUGAAUUUCCUCAUAAAGAAAAAAUGGUGUGCCUUGUGUCUGUGUUUCUCUUUUCUCUGAAAGGAUUAAAGGAUCUGAAGCUUGGGGCCACUCUGAACCUUCCUUUGUGCCACCAGAAUUUUCUCAUUUAGUUUUUCUGUCUGAAACCAUUUGAGGCAAACUAGCUUCCCCAUGCCAUGCUGGCCUUGGAUGUGUUUUGCUGCUGUAGAUGCUUCUCUUUAAAAAAAGAGGAAGAGCCUGAAAUUCAAGGCAGAUCUCCAUGAGGUGCUGAAAGGGUGCUUUUUAAGGAGAACCCGAAGCCCCCCCCAAACAACCUGCCCUGGUUAAUCUCAGAAUUCUUAUUUCCCAACCCCCUUAACUGUUGGCUCCAUCUCAGUAUCUUAACCUUCCCUGAGAAAUUCAUCAACAGCUGGCUCGAAGGUUGAUGAACUGACUGAAACUGUAUACACACCAGGAAGGGAUCAUGAACACGAAGACGUGUCUUUUUAAACAUUAUUAACCGAAGCUUCCAACUCUUAAUGCUUUUAUAUAGAAAUAUGAACUGUAUUGUUUAAUCGUGGUUUAUAAAAAGGAACAAAUGGACCAAGAUUGGCAAUUUUGCUGAUCUCUUAGACAUACCUUUUCUGGAGAAAAAUCCUACAUGAAGUGCAAUGAGCUUAUAAAGGUAAAUGGAAACCCGUAUUUCUAUCAGCGUCCUGAGGAAUUACAAUCGUGCAUAUUUACUGACCGCUAGUUUUUAUUUCAGUAUUAGCACAGCGUCUCGCCUGUGUUGGAAUCAAUGUAUUAUUUCAGUUCAACUGGAUGAAAUGUUAAAUAAACUCAGAAUGAAAAUAAAUUCUCUCUUUUAUUUGUAUGUAAAGGGUAAUACAGUUUUAUGGUGCAGCUGAUGGUCCCUUUCGUUCAGACUUAACAUCUGGGUACCGGCAAUAACUCCCGACGAAUGAGAUUUUGUAUUAUGCGUUCAGCAGGAAAUACUUUCCUGUCUUUGGCUCCCAGCCUUCUACCUUCAGGAACUCCGGAACCCCGUAUGCGCCAAACACACGCCCCCUCCCAGCCCCCAACAGUGUAAUUACAGGAAUAUUUGUUAUUAUGAGCACGGGCGGGGGGGGGGGGGGGGGGACGUGUGAUUCUGCUGUAGGUCCAGAUAACAAACACCACUGCACCCAGUGGGGAGGUAAAUUUGCUCUCGGGUUGUUUGUCAGAUUCUAAGGUGGAAGUAGCCUAGGACAUAGUUCACAAAGAAAAAUCUAAAUGAGUUCAACUGGGGAAUGCGUGCUUUAUGACCAGACUAAUAAAGGAUUGAGUGUUUUAACCUUG